AUGCCCAAAACAUCACCACCACCACCAAUGACGCCGUAUCUCACGGUACUCCUCCUAUUCACCACCAUCUCCGCCACCGCCGCCGCAACCGAAUACAAAAACCACACCGUAGGCGGCAAAUCCGGAUGGUUCUUCAACUCCACAACCAACACCCCCGCCACAAACUACUCCUCUUGGGCUUCCACUCAAAUUUUCAACCUUGGCGAUUAUCUCAUUUUCAACACGAAUUCAAACCAGAGCGUGAUUCUCACCUACAACAACACCGUAUAUUUGAACUGCACCGCCGAUGAUUCCGACAACGGAACAUUCAUAUACAGCAGUGGAACUUUCAACCAGACGUUGACUAUUCCCGUUCCGUUGACUAUUGUGGGACUCAACUACUUCUUCUCCGACACUAGCGACGGUGUUCAGUGUCAGCACGGCUUGGCGUUUGAGAUCCAGGUUCAGCGUGGAAUUGGCUUGCCGCCGAGUCUUAAUCAGCCUCCUCCUCCGCCGUAUAAAGAGCCGCCUGGUCCUGAUAGUGCUGAAUCUCCGACGGUUACGAUAGUGGAAGAGCCGAAAAAUGGCGCGUUAGUGAAACGCGCUGACGUGCGCGUGGUGGUUUAUGGGUUAUGUGUAGUGAUGGUGUUGUUGCAAUUUUUGUGA